UCUCUGCCCCCACCCCACUAUCUUCCCAGGCCUCAAGUUUUCCCUUGCCUGGAGCCUUGCUUUUUGCUUUCCCUCCAUUGUUAUAAAACCAGUGUUUCUCAUCACUGCAACUUCACAGGUUUAUUCCCCCAUUCUCCUGUCUCACCCAGACCUUUCCUCCAGGAGGGUGGGUGCAAGAGAGGCUGAAUGCCUCCUCACAGAAUAUUUUCAUACAGUUCAAACAGACUUAACUAUUAAAUCUAAAUCUCCUAGGACCCUUUUCAGGCACACCAAUCUAGGGUUGUUGUUAGGGGACAGAAAGGAAGCUACUUUAUGUCCAGGACAAUGAUCAAUGCAGAAUUUUGAAAUACAAAUUUUUUUGAAAUAGAUCUAUGUGGCCUUCACCCUUGUCAUCCUAGAGUGAUCCAGUGGAAAGAUUCAAAAGUGGAUCUGAAACCGUUUAUCUCAUAUUGGGAUUCGAACCCAGCCAAAACCCAGUUUGGGACUUAAACCCACAUGGCUGGGACUGAAACCCAGCCCAAACCCAUAGUACCUGAUUUCAGGACCUAAUGAAGCUCAGGUUCUUGAUAUCUCAUCAUAGAAAGAAUUCAGUGAGCAACAAAGUGGUAGGUAAGAAAUAGAUUUAUUUAGAUACAGAGAGAAGCACACUCCACAGACAGAGUGUGUGUGGAUCGUCGCAGAGGGUGAAUGCAGCCACGAAAUUUGGUGUGGUUAGUUUUUAUAGGCUGGGUAAUUUCAUCUGCUAUGGGAGGAUUAUUCCAACUAUUUUUGGGAAGGGGUGGAGAUUUCCAGGAUUUGGGCCACCACUCACUCCUUGGUCUUUUAAAAGUGCCCUGGAACUCUCAUGGCACCUCUGGGUGUGUCAUCUCAUUUGUUGGUUGAGGAUUAAGGUCUAGUCUUGUCUGCCAUCUUGGUCCCAUCUGAUUCUAAUCGGUUUAUGUCGUGUCCUUGGGCUAUGUCAUUCUUUCCAAAGUUGUGCCCUGCCCCUUUCCCUCCUGUUAAAUAUCAGCCCUCCUGGUGAAGGCUGCAUUGAAUGAUCAAGCUGCCUUAGGAGGUAUAAGGUGAAAGGGGAGUCGGACCAGCAGCUGAUUGGUAGUGACCUCAGCCUGAACCAGGAAAGGCACGCGUUGCCCUGACAGCAAAAAUCAGAAAGGCUGAAACCAAAAAGCCAACAUCAGUAACACCUUCCCUAGUGGGCGGAUGGGCCAUGCUUCUCUUGAUUGGACCUUCCUCAACUUGCAGCUUCCCUAGGAACCCUGCUGGGCAAGAGUCAGGCUUUCCCGAUGUGCAGUGACCUCUUCAGAAAACAGGCCUUUCCACAGGCUUCUGUGCUAAUCCCGACAAGUCUAUCAGCCAUCAUGAUCUGUCUUCCACAGCUCACGGCCCCACAAAAGGGUGUCUUUCAACAGUUUCAGAGUCCAAGUUCUGCUCAGGGACCUGGGAGACCACACUUGUUUUUAGUUUAGCAAAGCCUGAAGCCACAACAGGCAUCGGGUGAGCCUGACCCAGGCAACUGAGGGAAACUUUGUGAAUCUGUGAUUCCCUCUGACUAGCCAGUUAGCACAGCAGCAGCUUUUCCUUGCUUGGGGCAGCAGAGGGGAUAGCUGCCACUUUCUUGGGCAAAGCUGAAAUGCUACCUGGCUAGCAGGACUUUUCUUGCAAGGAGUUUUUUCUAAAGCUCCUUUCACCUGUCUGUCAUAUGAGUUGACUCACAACUUCAUGAUAUACACAUGGGCAAUCUGAUUUGUGCAGGAGCUCCUCUGCAAGCUUAGAAGCCGCUUUUCAAAAGGGCAUGUGUCUAGUAACCAUGUCAGAAACUUCUAAAGUGGACCUUAAUCUGGAAACAGCCUUCCUUCUCCUGCUUUCUUGGCUUACUACUACACCUUUCCUGAGGCAAGCCUCUAGCCAAAAUCCAGUACAGGGACUUGUUCUGUCUCCUACACCUAGAGUCCAUGAAGACUGCAGGCCUCCAAUUUGAUGGUGAUGUCUUUCCAGUGCAAAUGAAUCCAAUAGCUCAAUCUCAGUUUAUACCUUUGGCUGAAGUUCUCUGCUGUGCUAUAUCUGAUAUGAAUGCUGAUCAGAUGCUAGUAACACAAGAAUCACUGUUGGAACAUUUGAUGAGACGUUACCCAGGCAUUGCAAUUCCAUCUCGAGAUAUUCUUUAUACCACUCUGGGAACUCUCAUUAAAGAAAGGAAGAUUUAUCAUACUGGAGAAGGAUACUUCAUCGUUACUCCUCAGACUUACUUCAUCACAAAUACAACCCCCCAAGAAAAUAAGAGAGUUCUGUCAGAUGAAAAUUCCCAGAUGCCAACUUCCAUUACAUAUCUGGUGAACGUGGAGAGCUGUGCAGAAAACACGGCCCUCAUUUCCCAUUGUCAUUCUUGCCGGUGUUUCCAUGAUGUGUGCACUCAGGAUGUACAAGAACCACCAGCUGCUGUAGAAGUGACUAACAAAGGGCAGAAAGGUCUUGUGGAAUCCAAAUCUUUAGUACACAAUCAAGCAGUUUCAGUGUCUGAGGAGAAUCACGUCUGUGAGAGUAUCAAACCUUUACCACACACAAAAGACAGAGAAAAAGUCAAGAAGUUUGGCUUUAACCUCUUCUGGCGCAAUAUAUCCAGAAAGGAGAAGUCCAGAAUAGAGCACAGCAGUUUCUCUGCCCAGUUCCCACCAGAAGAAUGGCCUGUCCGAGAUGAAGAUAACAUGGACAAUAUCCCUCGAGACAUUGAACAUGAGAUAAUCAAACGAAUUAAUCCCAUUCUGACUGUUGACAACUUAAUCAAACAUACUGUCCUAAUGCAAAAGUAUGAAGAACAGAAAAAAUAUAAUAGCCAGGGUACAUCCACUGAUAUGCUGAUGCUCAGACAUAAGUAUUCUUCAAAAGUGGGAGUUAAGAAAAGACAGGGCUGGUCUGUAAAGCCUCGAAGGCAGGGCCAUUCGCAUAGGGACAGACACAAAGCCAGGAGUCAGGGAAGUGGGCCUCAGCCAGGAAAUGUUAGACUGGAGAAACAUCCCAAGCUCUCUGCUACACAGCCUACCUCCAGUAUUAAAAGCCCAAAUGAAGCAGUACUUCAGAAACCACUUGGUGAGAAUCCAUUAGCACUGGGUCCCCAUUUGAUUUACAAAAAGCGAAUCAGUAAUCCUUUCCAGGGUUUGGCUCCCCGAGGGAGCCCAAUAACCAAAGGGCACAAAAUCCAGAAGACCAAUGAUUUGGAACUCAAUCAGACUGGACCAAAGGGAAAGCCUUUUGAAAGGUCAGGGUCUUUGGUUUCCUCAAGAAUCUUUGAGAGUGAAGCCAAAGAGCUAUAUGGCGAACAAUGUAAUGAUAUACUGAGAGAAGAAUCCACUUAUGUGAAUCACUCUCCUGUCAAAUCUAUCAGCGAUGAUUUUAGAGACCACCUCUUAAAUUACUCUCAAUGUAAUGUUUUGCAGAAUGGUAGAAAAUGCUGUUCCUUCAGGGAAAGCAUGUUGAGAUGCGAUGAGUAUGGUGGAGAAAAUGAGGCAAUCCCUGAAGUCUCGAGGAAGAGUUAUUCUCAUCUUGACACAUUAGAAGAGACAGAAGAGACACAGCAUGUCCUGCCAUCUGGAGGGUCUUCUUUAGACCAAGCAUCCCCUGCUUGUAGAUUAGUUGACAAUACAGUACACCAGUUCCAAAAUCUUGGUCUUUUGGAUUACCCACUUGGUGCAAAACAUUUGAGACAAACUGAGAGACAAGACCGAGACUCUAAAGAAACUCUGAUAGGAAAGGCGCGUGUCCAAGAAGUACAGACUGUGUGUCUAGAAAAUGAAGGGCUUUCUGAUGAUGACCAGGCCUUGUAUCAGAAUGAAGUGGAAGAUGAAGAUGGGGCCUGCAGUUCACUCUAUCUGGAUGAGGAUGACUUUUCUGAGAAUGACGACUUAAUUCAAAUGCUGCCGGACAACAUUCAGUUUUCCUUUCUGGAGGGAAACAAGUGGAAUAAUUUAGGAAAACAGAAGGUGACAGAAAGGUCUCUGACUGAGUACGACAGCAACAUACAGAGGUUUGAGCCUCAGGUGCUUAAAGGAAAUGAACAUUACAAGCUCACUAACCCUGGUGAAAGCCAAAAACCCAACCUUUCUGCUGAAAACCGUAUCCUCAAUUUAGGAAUCCAGUGUGGUUUUAACUAUGAGGAGGAACCCAGUGUCGCUGAAUGUGUACAGGCCUCGGCAGCUGAUGAUGGAAGUAUAUUUGGUUACUACAGCACAGGGAAAGCCACUGCUGAGGCCGAAGCCCUACAAGGCUCUGUUGGUGAUACAGGAAAGAAACCAGGUAGCUGGAGUCAGAGUGCUCAGAGUCAGGAAAUGAGAAAACAGUUCACACACAAGUUGGAGCUCUUCAGCACUUCACAUAUGUCAGCGUUGGCUCAGGAUGUCCAAUCUGAACGCAGUCACUUGGAAGGAGCAGAAAACCAGAGUCUGACAGGAGACAGUGGAAUAGAUUCUCCACGGACACAGAGUCUGGCAUCUAAUAAUUCAGUCAUUUUGGAUGGACUAAAAAGAAGACAAAAUUUACUGCAGAACUUUGAAGGCACAAAGAGCAGUCAAACACUUACAUCCAGCUCCUUACUACAACUAACUCCAGUGAUAAAUGUUUAAUUCUAAUUUUUUUGGAAACUCUUGUAAAAAUGUAUAGCAUUAAUAUAGAGUGUUUUAAUCAACUGAGUUUAUAAGAAUUCUCUAAAGCCAAACAUAUAUGUUAUUAAUCUCAUUACAUAUUUUGUUGUAGUUAACUGGCUUUUUUCCUUUUUUGACAAUGAUUUUUUUGAAGCUUAUUAUAAAUUUAUUGGGGGUUAUAUAGUUUACAAUAAAAAACAUGGAAUAA